AUGGCUGAAUGUGAAUUACGGCAAAGAAAAAAAGAAGACGAUGGAGAAGUUAAUCUCCAAGAGGAUAAAGAAGAAAUAAAAUCUGCUGAACAGGAUCAAGUUCAUAAUGAAAACAAACCAGAACCAAUUGAUGAUUGUAUUCAGUCAUGUGUUGUGACAAAUACUAUGCCGCAUUUGGUUAGGCGUUACAGGCCAGUUCAUAAGAUAUAUAAUGCUUAUCAAAAUUUACGGAAAUUAAAAGGUCCUAAACAUUGGUACGCGGGCUCAAAUUAUUUCAGUAACCAAGCCUCAUUCAAUUUCCGAACAAAUAAUUAUCGUAGGUCUAAAAAAGAAGAUUUUGACUCUGAAGAUGAUAAAAAUAUAGAUAUUUCAGCAAAAAUACCAUCUGGUACCAAUAAAAUGCCACAAAUAUUAGAAACAUUAUUAAGUGGAAUAUCAGAAAGGUGGAGAAAUUGGAUAAUUCGAGGUAUAUUUGGCUGGCUUAUGAUUGGCCUUUUUUGUCUCUUAUGUUAUGGAGGACCUCUUGCCUUAAUGAUAGCUGUUUUAGUAGUUCAGGUCAAAUGUUUUGAAGAGAUAAUUAACAUUGGUUAUUCGGUUUAUCGUAUCCAUGGUUUGCCUUGGUUUCGUUCUUUAUCAUGGUAUUUUUUGAUGGCAUCUAAUUAUUUCUUUUAUGGUGAAAGCCUUGUAGACAUAUUUGCUGUGGUAGUUAAUAGAACAGAAUAUUUGAAAAUGCUAAUAACUUAUCACCGGUUCGUUUCAUUCAGUUUAUACAUUGCUGGUCUAGUAUGGUUUGUGUUAUCAUUGGUGCGCAAAUACUACAUGAAACAGUUCUCAUUAUUUGCUUGGACACAUGUGUGCCUCUUGAUUGUUGUAUCUCAAAGUUAUUUUAUUAUUCGAAAUAUAUUUGAAGGGCUUAUAUGGUUCAUUGUACCAGUAUCAAUGAUCAUACUUAAUGAUAUUUGGGCCUACGUCUUUGGCUUUUUCUUUGGACGAACACCGCUUAUACAAGUAUCACCAAAAAAGACAUGGGAAGGUUUUAUUGGUGGUGGUGUAGCUACUGUGAUUUGUGGUAUAAUAAUAUCAUAUUUUCUAUGUCAAUAUCCAUACUUUGUAUGCCCAGUUGAGUACAGUGAAAAGUUUGGUAAAAUGAUUAUUGAUUGUGAACCUUCGCCUUUGUAUACCCUACAUGAAUAUGUUCUGCCAGAAUUUAUUGCACGUGCUAUGAGUGUAUUUGGAGGUUCCAACAAAAUCACUAUCUAUCCCUUUGUUAUUCAUGCAUUUUGGAUGUCAUUGUUCAGCUCCAUUAUUGGACCGUUUGGUGGAUUCUUUGCUAGUGGAUUUAAACGAGCAUUUAAAAUUAAAGAUUUUGGAGAUGUGAUUCCAGGACAUGGCGGUAUUAUGGAUCGUUUUGACUGUCAAUAUCUCAUGGCCACAUUUGUUAAUGUUUACAUUUACAGUUUUGUGAGCACUCCUACCUUACAAAAGACUGUUCAACAGGUAAUUAAUUUACGACCCGAAGAACAGUUACAAUUAUUUUACGUUCUCAAAGGAUCAUUGGAAAACCGGGGAAUUCUCAAUGUGCAAUAA